AUGCAGGCGCCUGUGGUGGUUAUGAAUACGGCGAAUGGUGAAAGACAAGUGGGUCGAAAGGCGCAAAUAUCCAACAUUACCGCUGCGAAAACGGUGGCGGAUAUCAUACGAUCAUGUCUCGGGCCCAAAGCAAUGCUGAAGAUGCUGCUUGAUCCCAUGGGCGGCAUUGUCCUGACGAACGACGGCCACGCCAUCCUCCGAGAGAUCGAGGUUGCGCAUCCUGCGGCAAAGAGCAUGAUCGAGUUGAGUCGGACGCAGGAUGAGGAGGUGGGCGACGGGACAACGACGGUCAUCAUAUUAGCGGGCGAGAUCCUGGCGCAGGCGCUGCCCCAACUCGAACGAAAUAUCCAUCCCGUGGUGAUUAUCCAGGCCUUCAAAAAGGCUCUGACGGACGCGCUGGCGAUCGUCGAAGAGAUCUCCAUCCCCGUCGACACCUCGAGCGACAAGGCUAUGAUCUCGCUCAUCGAAUCCUCCAUCGGCACCAAGACCAUCUCUCGAUACUCGGAACUCAUGUGCUCCCUUGCCCUGAACGCCGUGCGAACCGUUUCUCAGGACCAGACAUCUAUUUCGAAUGCACCCCAGGCGAACGGCACCGCGAAGUCCGCCUCUUCGGUGGCGCCUUCGAAACCCGUAGAAAUCGACAUCAAGCGAUACGCCCGCGUUGAAAAGAUUCCCGGUGGAGAAAUCGAGGAGUCAAGAGUGCUGGAUGGAGUCAUGUUGAACAAGGACAUUACACACGCCUCGAUGCGUCGACGGAUAGAGAACCCUCGGAUCGUGCUGCUGGACUGCACUCUCGAGUACAAAAAGGGCGAAUCCCAGACAAAUGUCGAGAUCACGGACGAGGACUCAUGGAACAAAAUCCUACAGAUCGAAGAGGAACAGGUCAAAAAGAUGUGCGACGCGGUCCUGGCAGUCAAGCCCGACCUGGUCAUCACCGAGAAGGGCGUGUCCGACCUGGCACAACACUACUUCCAAAAGGCCAACGUCACGGCACUGCGAAGAGUGCGGAAGACGGACAACAACCGCAUUGCCCGCGCCGUGGGCGCUACCAUUGUAAACCGGGUUGACGACCUCGUCGAGUCCGACGUGGGCACGGGCUGUGGUCUGUUCGAGAUUGAAAAGAUCGGCGACGAGUAUUUCACAUUCCUCACAAAGUGCAAGAACCCAAAAGCAUGUACGAUCCUGCUCCGGGGCCCCUCAAAGGACAUUCUGAACGAGAUCGAACGCAACCUCCAAGACGCCAUGUCCGUGGCCCGCAACGUCAUGUUCCACCCGCGCCUCUCUCCCGGCGGGGGCGCCACCGAGAUGGCCGUCUCGGUGCGACUUGCGCAAAAGUCCAAGUCCAUCGAGGGCGUGAUGCAGUGGCCGUACCGCGCCGUCGCGGACGCCAUGGAAGUCAUCCCCCGCACACUGAUCCAGAACGCCGGCGCCAGCCCCAUCCGCAUCCUGACCCAGCUCCGCGCGAAGCAGGCCGAGGGGAAAUCGACGUUCGGUGUCGACGGCGAUACGGGCAAUGUGGUCGACAUGAAGGACUAUGGUGUCUGGGAACCCCAGGCGGUCAAAUUGCAGAGCAUCAAGACGGCGGUGGAAAGUGCGUGUCUGCUCCUGAGAGUGGACGAUAUCUGCGGCGCCAAGAGCGCGAAACAGGUCGGCGGAAGUGGAUUGGCAGCGGGUGGAGGGGACGAGUAG